AUACGUCGCGUUUGCGUCAUCAUAACGUGAACAGCGCUCAAACGGGGAGGACGUGGGAUGAAAGAGUGUUUAGUGCUUCAUUAGAAACAUUAUAUUUUUUUUCAAAUGUUUCUAAUAUCGAAAUUAUAAGUACAAAGUAAUAGGAUAGGGUUUUUCUUCGGUCGACCGCCAUCAUGGCGUCGGACGAACAGUUUUCGCUAUGUUGGAACAAUUUCCAUGCGAAUAUGUCAGCAGGCUUUCAUGGCCUGCUGUCGCGUGGAGACUUAGUAGAUGUAACAUUGGCUGCUGAAGGCAGAAUAUUACAGGCACACAAAUUAGUUUUAUCAGUAUGUUCUCCCUAUUUUCAAGAAAUGUUCAAAAUGAACCCCACUCAUCAUCCCAUAGUAUUUUUAAAAGAUGUUAGUCAUUCAGCGCUUAGGGACUUAUUACAGUUUAUGUAUCAAGGUGAAGUUAAUGUUAAGCAAGAAGAAUUAGCGUCGUUUAUUAGUACCGCGGAACAACUUCAAGUUAAAGGUUUAACCGGUAAUCAAAAUGAAGAAAGUUCCACGCCAUCCAAACCAAAGCCGACAUCGAGGCCAGGCCCGAGGUCGUCACAACAAAGGCAAUCUGUUAUGACUAAGUUAGAGACUGAUUUAGAUUCUAAGCCCUCCUCAACUCCAGUAGCAAUUAAGAGACCAAAUAGGCCAUCAAUAGCAUCAAAUAAUUCGUCAUCAUCUCAAAGUGGACCCGCGAAACGAAAAUGUGUAGACCCAUUAGAAGCCGGACCGUCAGGAUCAGCGAAAGAUGAAUUUGUAACGAUACCCGACGAAGAUGAAAAUAACGCCGUGGCCCCGAAAAUGGAACCUGAAUUUGUUAAUGAAAGUAUGUGGGAUGAAGAUGACGAUGGCACGAAUAACGAUGAAACUAAUUUCGGCGAAGACGACUCGAAUAUGGAAAUGACCGGCUUUGAUGGUUCAACGACAGGCGAUGGUAAUAUAACUGGAGGUGGGGAAGGUGGCGCUGUGGGUGACGCACAAGAUCUUGAUUUUGAUGAUGCUGAAAACGAUGGAGAUUGGACGGAUGAGAACGUUGCCGUGUUUCUCGAGACGAAGAAAGGGAAGACCAUUUUGCAAUACGAAGGAUAUAGAUAUCGUAAAGCGUACAAAACAAAAAAUGGCACACGCUGGAAUUGUUCUUCGAAGAAAAACUGUUCAGGAUUCGUAUAUUUGAACGAUCAAGAUGAAAUAAUAAUGACAUCGAAAUAUCAUGAUCACGAUACACCUAAAUUGGAAGAUAUUUGUUCACUAGAGUCCGCUGAAGAAGAUUUAGUUGAUACAGCUGUCGUGAUAACUUCAAGAAAGGGUAAGGAGAUGUUGCUUUUCCGCAGCUACACGUAUCGUAAACAAUACGACAAAGGAAACAAAUCUAGAUGGGUCUGUUCCACUCUCAAGAACUGUCGCGCUUACGUGUUUACAGACUCGAAUAAUCUCAUCACAUCUGCUUUUGAAGAACACGAACACGAUCCACCAAAAUAUUACCUUAAUCCUAAUCAUCUGCUCGGAGCGCUUAGGGAACCACUCGUUUUUGAAUCCGAUUAACCCAUGAUAUCUAUUUCACGAAGUUCAGUAUAUCUUUAUAGCUGACUUCAAUGAUCAUAACCAUUUAUUUAUUUCUUUGAUAUUUAUUUGUAUGACUGCUUCGUUCAUCUAGAUGCUAGUUAUCAGGCUGGACGGUCCGAGGUCCUGGGUUCUAACCCCCCUGUCUGGUCAAUAAAAAGUUAUGUUUUCUGCUGAUAAAAAUAUAAAUCCAUAGUUUAGAAGCAUCCGAAAACACGUAAAUAAUUUAUGCUUCAAUUAUUUCUUGGUUUUGCCUUUGUUGGAUUAUGAGAGUGCGGGAACAGAGAGUGCACCUGUGAUGGCGCACAUUCUUGUGAACAAACACAGUUGCGCACAUAUGUCCCGUGUAGUUGGCUAGACACUCUUGAGCAUAGCCGCCAUGGCCUGAGUCGAUCAGGAGGACAUUAUAAUCAUUAACUAGUUCAUAGAAAUGUAAAAAUAAAAAUUAAGAAUAGAUAAAUAUCAUCGUGAUUAUAUUGUGUAUUUAGUUUUCGAUGUAAAGAUAUUGUCAUUUUUACAUGUAAAAGUUGUCUCAACAAAUCAAUAAUUUCCAUUUUAGUUUUAGAUGAAUCGAACGAUCUUGUUAUUUAACAUUGUCAUUCUUCUCUCUAAAGUGAAAUUCUUGUGAUAAAAGGUAUUCCGCAUCACGUUGUAUUUACGUUUCGUACUUUUAGUAUAAUCAUAUUAAAUAAGAUUUAGCUUAAACUAAUUAGUUGCCACUUUUUAAAUAUACGCUAAUUCAGGUUGAUGGUGUCAGUUUUUUUUUAUUUCAUUGAUUGGAAGAGGAUCUAACAGAAAUGUAUGAAAUAAAAAUGUUCCUUAAUUGCCAGUCAUAGUAUUAUGUAUCUAUAUAACACUAGCAUUUACAUGGUUAUGGAGGUUUAUUGUCAUUUAUAUAUUGAGUAGAUUUUUACCGUAAAUUUAAAAUCUUGUAAUACAAUGAUUUUCCGCUCUAAAGUUAUUCAAAAGAUCAUUAUCGCAGAUAAUGCUUCCUUUGAAUAUCUUUUCACGUGAUGUAAAUUAGAUAUAGGUCACACAGGUUUCAGUCGCAUUCGUUAUGUCAGCUCGUGAUCGCACUAGGUGCAAAUCUAUUGAAACGUCAGACCAAACAAAAAAAAACGUGACGUCACUGUUACAGCCUAGUAAGUUAUCAAUUUUACUUUUGUGUUCGUAUUAAAUUAUAUUGUAUGUUAAUUAUGUAACAAUAAAGAGUAUUUUUGCUUGAAGUUUAUUUUCGUUCUCUGUAUUUUAUUUUAUGUAGAAUCCUAAUGUGAAAAAAGUGUAUUUUAUCCUGGUAACAAUAUGAUGCUUAUUGGCUAAUCCUGGUUACUCCAAUGAUGUAUGAAUUAAUUUAAUUGUAAUAAGUAUAAUGAAUAUUAACGCGUCAACAUAAAAAUAUCCUAGUAAACUAUAAUGCUUAAUGGUUUUUUAAUAUAUAUAAAUUGUACGAAAGUAUAAUAUAUUUCAGUGUAAUAAUUAAAAACUGCGAUAUUCCUCAUUGAUAAUAAAUGGCUUAAAUUUA